AUGGGCUCCUUCCCGCUCCAACAGACGGAGUCAGUUCCAGGUGGGACACCCCCCCCCCCUCUUGCUGCUGCAGGCGGGGCCUAGUGUGAACUCGGGAAAUUCAAACUCAGGGUUCCUCUUCCCGGAGGGAGCCAUGGCUGCAGAGACCCCCGUGGAAAGUCUCCAGGACCAAGCCACGUGUCCCGUCUGUCUGGAGUACUUCAGAGAACCUGUUACUCUGCAGUGUGGGCACAAUUUCUGCCAAGCCUGCAUCAGCCAGUGCUGGGAGGGAUCUGACACAGGCGCCUCCUGCCCCCAGUGCAGAGAAACUGUGCAACACAGAAACCUCAGGCCCAACAGGCAGCUGGCAAAUGUCCUAGAAAUAGCCAAAUGGCUGAGUUUCCAGGCAGCAAAGGGAGCAGGAGGGGAGAGCGUGUGUGGGGAGCACCAGGAGACUCUCAAACCGCUUUGUGAAGAGAAUCAAACCCCCAUCAGUGUGGUGUGUGACAGAUCCCGGGCUCACCGAGCUCACACCGUGGUUGCCAUAGAGGAAGCUGCCCAGGAGUACAAGGAAAAGAUCCAGGCCCAUUCGAAGUCUCUGAGGGAACAGAGAGAAAAGCUCCUGCUAUUGAAAGUAAAUGGAGAGAAAAGAAGCCAGGAGUAUCUGAUACAGACACAAACCGAGAGACAGAAGAUUGUGUCUGAAUUUCAGCAACUGCGGCAGUUCCUGGAGGAACAAGAGCGACUCCUGCUGGCCCAGCUGGAGAAGCUGGAAAAGGAGAUUCCGAAGAUACAGAGUGACAAUGCCAGCAAACUCUCUGAGGAGAUUUCCUAUCUCAGCAACCUGAUCAGUGAGCUGGAGGGGAAGGGUCAGGAGCCAACGAAUGAAUUCCUGCAGGACAUCAGAAGCACCUUGAGCAGGUGUGAGAAGGGGGAGUUCCAGCAGCCAGUGGAGAUUUCUCCUGAACUGGAGAAGAGACUCAGCAAUUUCUGCCAGCAGACUGUUGCUGUAAUGGAGACUCUGAGGAAGUUCAAGGCCACUCUGCCGUCUGCACUGGAGACACAAAGAGGGGAAUCCCUAGGAGCACUCAGACAGGUGACUGUGACUCUGGAUCCAGACACGGCUCAUCCCAAACUUGUCGUGUCUGAGGAUCAGAAAAGUGUGAGCCAGGGAGACACCCGGCAGGAUCUGCCCGACAACCCUGAGAGAUUUGACACUGCGCAAUGUGUGCUGGGCUGUGAGGGAUUCACCUCGGGGAGACAUUGCUGGGAGGUGGAGGUGGAGGGUGAGGAACGCUGGGCUGUCGGGGUGGCCAGAGAAUCUGUGAGGAGGAAGGGCUGGAUCGGCCUUAACACUGAGGGGGGAAUCGCAGCUGUGGGGCAGUGGUGGCAGGAUAAGUUUGAGGCUCUCACCUCCCUGGGGAUCCGCCUGCCCCUGCACUGGGUCCCCAGGAAGCUCCGUGUUUGUCUGGACUGUGAACGGAGGCAGGUAACGUUUUUUGAUUCUGGUGAUGAGACUCUGAUCUUCGCUUUGCCACUCACCUGUCCCCCUGGGGAGAGAAUCCUCCCCUGGCUCCGGGUAGAGGCCAGAACCCGGCUCAGACUGUGUCCCUGAGACACCGGGGGACCCUGAAAUCAGCCUCUCUAGCCCCAUGCACCCUCGUCAAUCUGACGCCAGAGGACUGCUGUCUUAAUGCAGUCGCUGUGAUCCUGCAGGCCCCAUAGAGCCUCUGCACUGUCAAACCAUAGAGAACAGGGUAGGGAGGGAUGGAGGUAGAGAAGCCAAUCUCAGUGCCCCAAGGAUUUUGUAGCCGGUUUGUCACUGUUCUCUGUGAUCCAGGAUGACGCUGAGCAUCCAGACUCAGACAGUGUCACUGGUUAAUUGUGGGGGACUUCUCUAGCUCAGCGGUGGAUUUAGAGUUAGGGGGGCCCUGUGCUCAGCUUCAUUUUUAGGGCCCUUCCUUGGGACCCAGCCAAGAAAAAGAACAUUCUCUCUUAUCUCCCCCGCCCCUGUUUUUCAUUCUUUUUUUCUUCAGCCUCCUCCUAUAAGUAAUAGCAAAUAAAUGAAAAUAAAGUGAGGUACCUUGA